AUGAAAUUAAUAAGGCGAUUUACCUCUCCGCUACUUCGAGUUUCCCCACUUGAUGGUAGAUACUCCCACCUCAUCAGUCCAUUGCCAGACUUUUUGAGUGAAUCAGGACUCAUUAAAUACCGAGCAAAAGUCGAAGUUUCAUGGUUUAUCCAUCUGGCCUCAGCUGGAAUUCUUCUUGAUAAAGCAGGAAUCCCAAUAAAGCUCUCAGAUGCUGAUAUCAGAGACCUUAACAGCCUUUGAAGCGAAUUCCAGCUAAAAGAUGCAGAAUGAGUGAAAAAUAAAGAAUUGGAAACAAAUCAUGAUUUAAAAGCAGUGGAAUACUAUUUAAAAGAACACAGCAACCUAAAGGAAUAUACAGAAUAUUUCCAUGUAUGCUGCACAUCUGAAGAUAUCAAUAAUCUAAGUUAUGCUCUAAUGUUCCAGGAUAGUUUAAGACUUGCAAUGAUCCCUGCAUUGACUCAACUAAAAGAUAAAAUACAAAAGCUUGCAAUUGAAAAUUCAGCUGUCCCAAUGCUCAGCAGGACACACGGACAACCAGCUUCACCGACUACUGUAGGAAAAGAACUGGCCAAUUUUGUAUACAGAAUAAACCGGCACUUAAAAGCUCUCAAUGAGCUGCAAUUAACUGGAAAAUGUAACGGAGCUGUUGGAAACUAUAACGCUCACCAAGUCACUUUUUCAGGAGUUGACUGGCUAAAAACUACAGAAGAAUUUGUAAGCAAGCUUGGCUUGAAAUGGAAUCCUUACACAACACAAAUAGAGCCUCACGAUGUCGUAGCUGAAAUGUGUGGGAAAAUCAGCCAAGUAAAUACUAUACUUCUUGACUUAUCUCGCGAUAUGUGGGGAUAUAUACAAUUAAACUGUUAAUCUGCUUAUUAAUUUUCUAUCAUACUGGCUAUCAUUCUAAUAUUUAGUCGCUUAAGUGAAUAUAUUUCUUUAGGCUACUUCAAAGGGGUUGUAAAAGAAAAAGAAGUUGGCUCCUCAACGAUGCCUCACAAGGUAAACCCUAUAGACUUUGAAAACGCUGAAGGGAACUUAGGCAUCGCGAACUCUAUUUUGAUUCAUUUGGAACAUAAGUUGCCUAUCUCAAGAUUUCAAAGAGAUUUAAGUGACUCUACUGCUUUAAGAAAUGUAGGAGUUGGCCUAGGGCAUUCGCUAGUAGCUUAUAAGUCUCUAAUGAAAGGGUUUGAAAAGAUUUCAGUUAAUAAAGAACAAAUAAGUCAUGAUUUAAAUAGCCAUUGGGAAAUUCUUGCAGAACCCGUUCAGAUGAUACUGAGGAAAUACGGGUUUCCGCAGCCUUAUGAGCUAUUGAAGAAACAUACCCGAGGACUUAAUAGCAUGAGUAGCAUUCAGUUCAUUGAGCUAGUAGAUGAAAUAGAGAAAGAGCUCAAACUCCCAAGCUUUAUCACAAUAGAACUCAAAAAGUUGACUCCAGAGUCAUAUACUGGCUUAGCUCAGCGCUUAUCAGAACUAUUGCCUGCUCUUUUAAAUAAGUAA